GUGGGAAACGAGAUUUGGAGGAGCUGCAGGUCAGAGCCCGCGAGUGGGUAAACCUCUAGUCGGGGCUCACCCGCACAGGAGACUAGGCCCGAUCUCCCCGGUCCUGGAUCGGGACGUUUCGACUUGGCUGGAGGCGGGAAGGGAAGAUCCGGGUUAAGUGGUCCUGGAUUCUCUCAUUUCCGAACCGAAAAGUCUCCGAAAUCCAGGACUUCAGCCGGAGCCACAGACCCCGUGGACAGCCCUGGACCCUUGCCCAGAAAUAAUGCACACACACACCUGGGGCCCUCACACCUCCAGAAGAAUGGCGUGUUCUUGGCAGAGAGUGGGUUUUUAUGCCUGCCUCUUGAAAAGGCGGCUGAACGAUGGGCCAGAUGCCAUUAGGUGGGACAUAAGAGUAAUCCUAGGCCUCACCCGGAGUAUUUACAGUGCCACGGGAAAGUGGACCAAGGAGUACACGCUGCAGACAAGGAAGGAGGUUGAGCAGUGGUGGCGUCAGCGACUCAAGGAGCAGGCCUGCAGAGUUCCAGAAACUGACAAAUCAAAGCCCAAGUUUUACGUGCUCUCCAUGUUCCCUUAUCCUUCUGGCAAGCUGCACAUGGGACAUGUGCGUGUCUACACCCUCAGCGACACCAUCGCACGGUUCCAGAAGAUGCGAGGGAUGCAGGUCAUCAAUCCCAUGGGCUGGGAUGCAUUCGGGUUGCCGGCAGAGAAUGCUGCGAUCGAGAGAAAUCUACAUCCAGGAAGCUGGACGCAGAGUAACAUUAAGCACAUGAGGAAGCAGCUUGAUGAACUGGGGCUCUGGUUCAGCUGGGACAGGGAAAUAACGACAUGUCUGCCAGACUACUACAGAUGGACUCAGUAUCUGUUUAUUAAACUCUAUGAAGCUGGAUUGGCCUAUCAGAAGGAGGCCUUGGUGAACUGGGACCCAGUGGACCAAACAGUGCUUGCCAACGAGCAGGUGGACGAACAUGGCUGCUCAUGGCGUUCCGGAGCAAAGGUGGAGCAGAAGUACCUCCGACAGUGGUUCAUUAAAACAACAGCUUAUGCAAAGGCCAUGAAGGAUGCACUGGCAGACCUUCCCGAGUGGUAUGGGAUAAAAGGCAUGCAAGCCCACUGGAUCGGGGACUGUGUGGGCUGCCACCUGGACUUCGCACUGAAGGUUGACGGACAAGCCACAGGAGAGAAGCUGACUGCCUACACGGCCUCCCCCGAGGCCAUUUAUGGAGCUUCCCAUGUGGCCAUCUGCCCCAGCCACAGGCUCUUACACGGGCACAGCAGCCUGCGGGAAACCUUGCAGCAGGCAUUUGUCCCUGGUGAAGAUUCCCUCACACCGGUGACAGCCGUGAACAUGCUCACCCAGCAGGAGGUCCCUGUCGUUGUCAUGGCCAGCGCUGAGUUUGAAGGCUCUCUGGAUUCGAAAAUAGGAAUUCCGAGCACCAGCUCCAAGGACGCCAUCCUAGCCCGCACCUUAGGCCUGUCCUACUCUGAUGUCAUUGAAACUUGGCCAGAUGGCACAGAGAGACUGCGCAACUCUGCUGAGUACACAGGUAUGACCCGGCAGGAUGCUUUUCUUGCCCUGACUCAGAAAGCCCGGGAGAAGAGAGUGGGUGGAGACGUAACAAGUGACAAACUGAAAGACUGGCUGAUCUCCAGGCAGCGGUACUGGGGCACGCCGAUCCCCAUCAUCCACUGCCCGGCCUGCGGCCCCGUGCCUGUGCCUCCAGACGACCUGCCCGUGACCUUGCCCGACGUCACAUCCUUCACUGGCCGCGGAGGCUCCCCGCUGGCCACAGCUUCCGAGUGGGUGAACUGCUCCUGCCCCAGGUGCGAGGGAGCAGCGAGGAGAGAGACAGACACGAUGGACACCUUUGUGGAUUCCGCGUGGUACUACUUCCGAUACACAGACCCUCGGAAUGCACACAGCCCUUUCAGCACAGCAUUGGCGGAUUACUGGAUGCCUGUGGAUUUGUACAUCGGAGGCAAAGAGCAUGCUGUCAUGCACUUGUUCUAUGCAAGAUUCCUGAGUCAUUUUUGCCACGAUCAAAAAAUGGUCAAACACAGAGAACCCUUUCAUAAGCUGCUGGCCCAGGGCCUCAUCAAGGGCCGGACGUACCGCCUGCCGUCCGGGCAGUACCUGCGGAAGGAGGAGGUUGAUCUCACGGGUUCUGUUCCUCUUCAUGUGAAAACCCAGGAGCAGCUGGAGGUGACGUGGGAGAAGAUGAGCAAAUCUAAACACAAUGGCGUGGACCCCGAGGAGGUGGUGGAGCAGUAUGGCAUCGACACGAUUCGCCUCUACAUCCUCUUUGCCGCCCCUCCUGAGAAGGACAUCCUAUGGGACAUGCAGACCGAUGCCCUUCCCGGGGUGCUGAGAUGGCAGCAACGCUUGUGGGCCCUGGUCACCCGCUUCAUAGAGACCAGGACUUCAGGAAAGGAGUCACAGCCUGCCCUGCUGAGGAAGGAGGAGAAAGCCGAGGCCCGGAAGCUCUGGGAGUACAAGAACACGGUCAUCUCUCAGGUGACUUCCCACUUCACAGAGGACUUCUCGCUCAAUUCUGUGCUUUCCCAGCUAAUGGGCCUCAGCAGUGCCCUCACGCAAGCCUCAGAGAAUGUAGUCCUGCACAGCCCUGAGUUUGAGGACGCCCUGUGUGCCCUGAUGGUAAUGGCUGCACCCAUGGCCCCACACAUCACCUCAGAGCUUUGGGCAGGCCUGGCACUGGUGCCAACAAAGCUCUGUGCUCACUACGCUUGGGACAAGGGCGUGCUGCUUCAGGCAUGGCCAGCUGUUGACCCACAGUUCCUCCAGCAGCCCGAUGUCGUCGAGAUGGCGGUUCUGAUUAACAAUAAAGCCUGCGGCAAAGUUCCUGUGCCCCAGCAAGUGGCCCGGGACCAGGACAAAGUCCACCAGCUUGUCCUCCAGAGUGAGCUGGGUGUCAGGCUCCUGCAAGGGCGAAGCAUCAAGAAGGCCUUCCUGUCCCCUAGAACGGCUCUCAUCAACUUCCUGGUGCAAGAGUGACAGCAGCAGGGGCUGCAGCUCCCACAGGGGCCACCGAGGAACCUCCUUCCAAGCCUGAGAUGAGGGGACAGAGUCUGCUGGCCCCGGGGAGGGAGAAGAUCACAGCACCUUGAACAUGCCUUCGUGUUUAACUGCAGUCAACAGGGCACCCCUGGGCUGGGGCUAAGGAGAAAUCUGAGCCCUGGGGGUCACUGAAGGGUGGUGGAUGGCACCUGACCCCAUGAGAAGCCACAAGAGACCUGGGCAAGGACAGGGACAGGAAGAAAAGAGAAGCAAAUGGGAAGUACAGUGACACUCUGGCCACCCAGGAGGCUCUAGCUCGGCUCUGCCUGGGAUACAAGGCUGGCCCGAGGAAGCACACAGGUUUGGGGGCAUUGUGCCAGGCACUGCACCGGGAGCCAUGCCUCCCAGUAGCGCUGGGUGGUCUCCUUGCCUGCAGGCCACAUGAAGAAGCACUGGGCUCAUGUUCAAGUACCCAUAUGUGGAGCUAAGUGCUGGGAUCAGAACCCAAAGGCAGGGCGGGGAGGAGCUGUUCCCCUCCUACUGCCCAGGCUUCUUCCUCCCGGGCCGGUGGCAUGUCCUGCCAGACCUGACCCAUUCCGCUUCCAGACGGUAAGGAACAGCAGCGUCACAACCCCAACCCUGGGACGUGACAUUUGCUGCAGUGAAGUGAAACUCAGCCUUGGGUUCCUCCCAGAGCCCGGCCCAGCCUGGCAGGAGUGCAAGCUCCCAGGUGGCCCAUGUGGGCCACUGAUGGCAGUGACUCCUCAGUUGGUGGAGCUGAUGCCAUCCAGGCACUGCCUCCUGUGGGGAAGUGGCCAGGAAUGGACCCAAAUCAUCACCCCAGCAAGCUGUGAGGUCAGCAGCAAGGCACUCCUCCCACAGCUGGCCUGAGACACAGGGGAAGGAGCGGGGAAGCCAGCCAUUCUACCAUGCUGAGCGUCAGCGUUUUUCUGAAGCAGCCUGAUAGGUGGUCCCUGCUGUGGUUCAGUGGUUAAAAGAUGACUUUCAGAGCAGUCAAAUGUUCCUCAUCUGUUAUUUGGGGACCCAUGUGUGAGCUUGGGUUAAGCACCAUAUUCCAACUCUAGGGGUUAGUCAGGAGCAGCAAGGCUGUGGGCUGGGCUCUGCACGGAACAUUACAAAUGCAUGUGGGACCUAAUCUCUGCUGGACCACAUUGGCUCAUACACAUCAGUAAUGAGUUCGGUAAUUCUCAAACUUUGCUCAGACCAGCUGUGUCUGGUUCCCCCACCCAGAAAUUCUAAUUGGUCUGGGUUGUGGCUUGGGCACCAGGAAUCUUAGGAACCCCAUAAGAGAGCAGUGCUGUGGCCUAGCAAGGCAAGCCACCACUUAUAAUUCUGUCAUCCCAUAUCAGUGUACCAGUUCACAUCCUGGCUGCUCUGCUUCCACUUCGGCUCCCUGCUAAUGAGCCUGGGGGGCCAAUGGAGAGUGGCCCAAAUUCUCGGGGCCCCUGCUACCCUGGUGAGAGACCCAAAUGGAAUUCGUGAAUUCUGGUUGCGGCCUUGCCCAGACCUGUCUGCCUAUGGCCAUUUGAAAAGCGAACCAGGGGAUCGAUUUCUUCCCUGUCCCUUCCUCACUCUCUACCAC